AUGACAGAAUUCGCUAAAGAAAUUUUAUAUAAAAAUAAUAGCAGUGGUGAUGUAAAGUUAUGGCAUCCAGAUAAAGGUUAUAAAAAGUUACCAUUUCCAGAAAACUUUAAUAUGAUCGUGAUAUCAACAAAUACAAUGCGCGGUUGUGAAGAUGGUCAAAUAUCAUGUCAUGACAGUAUACAUAAAAAAUGUCCAAUUUAUGUCUGUCAUUCAUUAGCAAACACAACAACAUUUACAGUUAGAAUGCAAAGAAAAAAAUCGCCUCCCUUUCGUUUCUCAGAUAAACCAAUUCAAAUGACUGUUGUUUGUCACUAUGACACACGAGACUGGGUUGAUGAUCAUCCGGCAUUUCUCUCGACAGGUAAAAAACCAGGUGAUGUUAUCUGUCAUUUUAUGCCGGAUAAACAUUUUGUUAUAUGUAAAAAGUGA